AUGCGUCUCUACUGCGUGGUGCUAAUGGCGAUCGCUGCUCUCACAGCAAGCGCCGAGUCUGCUGCCACGACCGACCGCAAACUAAUCACGGCAUCCAAGCUUGAAACCCGCCAGUCGAACGGCGAGAGAUUCCUGCGGACGUCCAAGCUUACUGCUGACCAAGACGAUGAAGACAGCGACGAAGAGAGAGUUUUCGGCCUCAAGUUAAAGUCCGCCAACGCCGAGCAAAUCAAGGAUUGGCUUCUAUUCCGUAAUUCGGCCGACGACAUCUUCACCUACUUAAAGCUUGACGCUGGAGUGGACAAGGUCCUGUCAAGCAAGCACUUCCCGCUCUGGAGGGAAUACGUCGGUGUGCUUAACAAGGGCGAGUCGCCCGAGAAGGCAAUCAUCCCGAUCUUGGUCAACAAGUACAAGGCUGAAUCUGUUGCGGAGAUGCUUCAGGCAGCCAAAAAGGGUUGGGCCACGAAGAACAUGGCUACAAAACUGGAGCACGCGCAGUUCGAGACGUGGUUCAAGCAGGAAGUGCGUGUACAAGAAAGUUUUCGGAGGAAGGAUCAACGUCGUCACGGAACGAGCCAAAGACGAAUAUCGGGCUUUCUUGAACAAAUUGGUUUGAUGUCUUGGUCAAGCCGCACAUGGUUCGCAGAACCACGUGAAUAUGCGCUGCUUCAAUGCACAGCGUGUAAAUAAAAGGUCUUUUGAACAUU